AUGAAGGCCGCUCUAUCCCUCGUUGCCUUGGCCUCCUCGGCCCUUGGAGCCAACAUCCCCAGAGGUUGGGGUCAUGGUGGUGAUCACGUUAGCUAUACUACUGAGGUGAUUGUUACUUACACAACUGUCUGCCCGGAGACCACCACGAUCACCAAGGGUGGUGAGACUAUCACCAAGACCUACACUACCACCAGCACUGUGGAGACCAAGGUUCCUACCGUCAUCACCGUUACCGAUGUUGCUCCCCCAGUAACCAAGACGGAUGAAGCCGUCGUCUACACCACUAUCACUGAGCUAUGCCCCGUCACUGAGACCAAGGUAGUAGGCGGCUCUACCGUUGAGGUUGUCUGGACGUCCACCUCCACCCUUUAUACCAAGGUCCCUCAUACCGAGACUGUCUACACCACCUCAGUCGCAACUGAGUACGAGACGACCAUCACCACCGUCUCCAAGGGCGAGACCGUCUACAUCACCAAGACCGACACCAUCACCACUGCCGUCACAGAGGUGCACACCUACUCCACCAUGAUCCCUCAGACCAUCACCAAGGCUGUCGAUGUCACCAUCCCUAUCACCAAGAGCGCGGGUGUCACUGAGACCAAGUACUCAACCGUCGUCGUCUCUGCGAACAACACCAUCUACACUCCCAUCGCUCCUCCCCCGACCACCGUCAUCCUCCCCACCACCUCGACCGUGGGAUCUUCGCCCAUCGGCUCGACCAGCGCUGCUGCCCCUGCUGUACCGGGCGCCGCCAACGUCGUCAUGCAGAAGAGCCCUGUCGUUGCCCUUAUUGCUGGUCUUUUUGGCGCUAUUGCUCUUCUCUAG